GUAAUGACGUCACCGACCCGGAAGGAAGCUCGCAGCAGUGUUGUUGUCGCAGCAGCUCAGCUGAUAUUUGUCAGAAAACAGUAACAGACUCUCCACAGCUGCUGCUGCUUCUGCUGCAGCUGUUACUGUUGUUUUGUUAUUGUUCUUAUUGUAUUGUUGUUGUUGUUGUUUACACUCCGCCAUCAUGAACGUGACGCUGGCGGUGAAGCAGUACAUCUCCAAGAUGAUCGAGAGCAGCGGGCCCGGGAUGAAGGUGCUGCUGAUGGACAAGGAGACGACCAGUAUAGUGAGCGUGGUCUACACUCAGUCAGAGAUCCUGCAGAAGGAGGUCUACCUGUUUGAACGCAUCGACUCUCAGAACAGAGACAGCAUGAAGCAUCUGAAGGCCAUCUGCUACCUGAGACCCACCAAGGACAAUGUGGAACAUCUGAUCCAGGAGCUGCGGAGACCAAAGUACAGCGUCUACUUCAUCUACUUCAGUAAUGUGAUCAGUAAGAGUGAGAUCAAAGCUCUGGCUGAGGCUGAUGAACAGGAAGUGGUGGCUGAAGUCCAGGAGUUUUAUGGAGACUUCAUCGCUGUGAAUCCUCACCUGUUCUCACUCAACCUGCAUGGAGUCGCCAGGGGUCGGAGCUGGGAGCCCACCAUGUUGUCUCGGUGCACUCAGGGUUUGACCUCCGUCCUGCUCGCUCUGAAGAAAUGUCCAGUCAUUCGCUACCAGCUGUCCUCCGACAUGACCAAACGCCUCGCCGAGAGCGUCAAGCAAAUCAUCACCAAGGAGUACGAGCUGUUUGACUUCAGGAAGACCGAAGUUCCCCCUCUGCUGCUGAUCCUCGAUCGCAGCGACGACGCCAUCACGCCGCUGCUCAACCAGUGGACGUACCAGGCCAUGGUCCACGAGCUGCUGGGUCUGAACAACAACCGGAUCGACCUGUCGAGGGUCCCGGGGAUCAGCAAAGACCUGAAGGAGGUGGUUCUGUCUGCAGAGAACGACGAGUUCUACGCCAACAACUUGUACCUGAACUUCGGAGAAAUCGGCACCAACAUUAAAAACCUGAUGGAAGAUUUUCAGAAGAGGAAACCGAAAGAACAACAGAAGCUGGAGUCCAUCAGUGAUAUGAAGGCCUUCGUAGAUAACUACCCUCAGUUUAAGAAGAUGUCGGGGACGGUGUCCAAACAUGUGACGGUGGUGGGAGAGUUGUCUCGUCUGGUGUCGGAGCGUCAGCUGAUGGAGGUGUCGGAGGCAGAGCAGGAGCUGUCCUGUCAGAAUGACCACUCCAAUGCACAGCAGAGCGUCCGCCGGAUGCUGCAGAAUCCUCGUCUGUCAGAGUUGGACGCCGUCCGUCUCGUCAUGCUCUACGCUCUGAGAUACGAACGCCACAGCAACAGCAUCCUGCCGGCCCUGAUGGACGAGCUGAGCAGGAGAGGCGUGUCCGAGCGCCACCGCAGGAUGGUGAAGUCGGUGGUGGAGUACGGCGGGAAGAGAGUCCGAGGAAGUGACCUCAUCACGCCGACAGACGCUGUCGCCAUCACCAAACAGUUUUUCAAAGGCCUCAAAGGUGUAGAGAAUGUGUACACUCAGCAUCAGCCUCUUCUUCAUGACACUCUGGAUCAGCUGAUCAAAGGUCGACUGAAGGACAGUCAGUUCCCGUACCUGGGCGCCAGCAGCCUCCGAGACAGGCCUCAGGACAUCGUGGUGUUUGUGAUUGGUGGAGCCAUGUAUGAAGAAGCUCUGACUGUUUACAACCUGAACCGUAGCACACCUGGAGUCCGUAUCGUCCUGGGAGGAAGUAGCAUCCACAACACCAAGAGUUUCCUGGAGGAAGUGAUGUCGACGGCGGGUCCCAGCGGCGACAGAGCACAAGGAAGUAGUCGCCAGGGCAGCAGGCGCUGAGCACAAGCAAGCAAGUGGUGAAGAGAUGGAUGGAGACAAACAACAUUCCUUGUUUCUCUGUGUGUUAUAUUAUAUAGUUAAUAAACGUGGACGUGUUGAUGAGGUGGAACGUCCCUUUAAAGUGUUUCUGUGUGGUUUCAUUAAUGUAUAAAUUAAAAUAAAACACCAAUAAUGUUGAGAAAUAUGA